AUGGCUCGUACAAAGCAGACCGCUAGAAAAACACUUCAAAUCCCUAAUCUCUUAGAUACGGUAAAAGCCAAGGUAUACAAGAGAAGAACUCCCAAACCCAAGAAAGAAAUAGCUAGAAGUGGUAAACCUAGAGGAGAACCUAGAGAUGGCUGCGAAGUUCUAAUUGGAUAUCCCGGAUCGUGGGAUCAUACCAUCUAUGAGACAAUCGAUCAUAAGAAUGCCGCACAUCUUUUCAGGCACCAAUCUUCUUUUAAUAAAAUGAAGAUGUGGUCGCUAGAAGGUGAAUGUGCAAGAGUUAGAGAGUAUGUUGAAAACUCCGGUUUGUAUAAUGUGGUUGUGAACUAUGUGAUUACAUAUGACAAGGUCGCAGUAUCUAGUUUCUGUGAAAGGUAUUAUGGUGAAGUCGACACAUUCCAACUCCCUUUUUGCGAGAUGGCAGUGACUCCUGAUGAUGCAGAACAAAUAUUAGGGAUGCAGGUCGAAGGUAAAUCCACCAAUGACAAGUUCAACAAAAGUCUUGGUUGGGAUGAAAUUUAUGUAUUGACCAGGAACUUGUUUGGAUGGGAUAAAGAGACGACUGAUGGGCUUUUCGUGCCGGGAACUAAAUACCCAAAUAAAGAGUUCAAACUUGUAGAGAUUAGGGAGAUGUAUGUCGAUACAUUAACCAAAGAAAAAGUUGAUGGUCUCUCUGAUAUGGAAUGUCGUUAUACGGCGGCUGGGUAUUUGUUGUAUGUCCUUGCGUCGGUUGUAUUUCCCGAUAUCAAAGGUAACAGGGUUAGCGCUAACCUUCUUCAGCUUUUGGAUUCCUUGGAAGAUGUGAACAAGUUCUAUUGGGGUAUGGCUAUAGUAGCCGUUUUGAAUGGUCAGUUUUCCCAGGCAUCCCGCGAACGAACUUCUCAAAUUAAUGAGAAUUUGACUCUACUCCAGGUGUGGAUUUUUGAUCAUUUCCCCUCACUGUUCAAAGAUAAUGAAGACGUGAAACUCAACCCAAAAUGGAGCAAUUGUAGUCCAACAGGAACCCUAUACUUGUUCACCGGUUCUCAGAAAAAGGAACAAACUAAUGCGUUUAUAUAA